AAUAAGGUACAUAUUUCCUUCUCUGACUUUUUGUUUCUAGAAAUUCUGGAUAAGAGAAGAAGUUUUUGAUAAGAUGACCAAAUUGAACACAUGCUAGUUGAACCUAGCACCUAUAAACUUUAGCAUUCCCUUUAGUUUGCAGCAUCGUAAGAAACAAGCAGUUAAUCAUAUGAUUUCUAUGUUUUUAAGUGUAUAUUCACUGCUUAUGUGCUACAGUUGCUUUGUGCCUUGCCCUCUACGUGCAAGUAAAACAUUUACGUUGUCCAUCAUGGUACAAGUAAAUCAUUUAGGUGCUGCAUCUCAGGGGGAGUGUAUCAGAUGAGGGUGGCUAGGCUCUAGUAAGUUAUAAGUGUGGAGCGUCCGGACGGUCUCUAUUGGCAUCCGGACGGUACUCUCUUGGAUUCCGGAUGGGAAUGGAGCCCAAUCGUCCGGACGGGACCUGCUUGUGUCCGGACGCGCGCGGCAACCACUGGGCGAACGGUUAGUAAAACCGUCCGGACGCACGCGACCUGUCCGCAUGUUCCCAAUGCAGCGCGCGUCCGGACGAAGUAACUGCACUGUCCGAACGGGGACCCCACAGAGGCUAUAUACACCCCAGAAUCGCCGCUCUCUCCUCCAGACCCCACUAAAUCUCCUCUUUGGCAGUUUGUGAGUGAUAGUUUUUGGUGUUUUGGAGUAAUUUCAUCUCUACUUGUCUUUUGUUGCAUUCUCACUCCAUUCGAGUUUUCUGUGCAGAAUCAUGUCUGCAGGCAGUCCACCAUGCAGGGUCUGUCAGAAGACUGUGGAAGAUAGGGCUGCAAUCCAGGCCAAGACUAUGGACCACACAGUCAUUGCUGAGCGAAACGUCAUUCGGUCUAAUAUCAUGGUGCCACCGCUGGACAGCAUUCAUGCCAUUAUCCAGACAUACAAUUGGGGAUAUCUCCAUAGCUGUGCAUGUGUGGUGUACACCAGACUGGUCAAGCUCUUCUACGCCAACCUGGAAGUGGUGCAGAACAAUGAUCGUGGAUUGGUGCUUCAGUCCACCGUUGCAAGCGAUAUCAUCACUAUUGAUCCUCAGGUCAUCAGUCACAUCAUCCGAGUCCCAGUGCUCGAGAUUUCGGCCAGCCCAUACAAUGAGGUGGUGCUUCCUCCUUCCCUGGAUGAUCUCAGAGAAUUCUUCCAUGCCAUUCCCCAAGGUGAGGAGCGCUCUACCUCCAUCAGGAUUGGUGCCUUGUCUCCCUCCCACCGUAUGCUGGCCAAGAUCAUUCAGCAGAACAUCUGGCCUGCUGCUCGGUGCAGUGAUCUGAUCCUAAAACGGGCCCAGUUUGUCUAUGCAGUCCACCUUCACUUGCCUUUCUGCCUGUGCAAGCAUAUUCUGGGUGUUAUGAUGGAGGCCCGUGAUGAGGGAAAUGUCGGUCUCCCGUUUGGCUACCUACUCACUCAGAUUAUCCUUCAGUCGGGAGUCAAUGUCACUGUCGAACCGAAGAUGAAGAUCCAACAGCCCAUCAGCAAGCAGACACUGAUGAAGUCCAAUGCGCAGCUGCGGAGAGAUGACUCCGAUGAUGAGGUGCCCAUAGCUGCUACCAUGCCGGUUGGAUUUCCAAAGAUGGCUUCAUUCUCCCAGACCAUCCCGUCCUCUGAGCCGGAGGUCAACUAUUCCCAGAUCAUGGAGGCCCUUGCUGCCAUUCAGGGGGGGAUGAGCAGUAUACAGGUGACUAUGUCCUCCAUGCAGCAGGAGAUGCACUCUACAACCUGCAUGUAGAGCAAAACUAGCUAGACCUUCAGAAGUGCCUGAAGUUUCAUCAUCCUAGUAGCAGUGAUGAUGAGGAUGAUGCAGACAAGACUAUACCCCUGCCUGAGGAUGUUUGAUUCCCUCUUGUUUUUGUUUUGUUGUCUUUUUGUUUAAGACUUUUUGACAUAUGUUAAACUGUUUGACUUAUAUUACUCUGUUUCCUGGGUCCUUCUGAGACCGUUAGGGGGAGUAAUUUUUAUUACAGUUGGUUUUUAUUACUCUGUUUUACUCUUUGUCCCUUUGUGACAAAAAAGGGGGAGUAAUUUUUGUUUGGACUGGGAAUGUAUUUCCAAACCGGUCAAGAGAUUUUUGUCCCAGAAUGGCCAAACGGGGAGUUUGUUAGUAUUUUGGCCUCAUUCUGUGUUUGGACAAAAUCACUUGUAUGUGUAAAGAUGCUGUAAACAGGGAUUCCACUUUCAGAGCACUAUCAGAAGACUAGGCAUCGAAGAUUUCGGUUCCCUGUCAGCCGUCCGGACGAUCGAGCCAUCCCGUCCGGACGCACAUUUGACCACUGAUGAGUGCCAAAAAGUGUAUAUUUGGACCCCUUAAUUUACAUUAGUUAAACCUUUAGCUUUGUUAUUUUCUAAUGUUUUGGUUAGUUUUGAUGUUUUUGCGUUUUUGCAAGACAUUAAGAGAAAAAUGGUAAUUUUCAAGUGAAAAUACAUAAAAAGCUGGAAAUUCAGAAUUUCUGGGAAGUCGAUCGAUCGAAAAUUGCUUGAAGUCGAUCGAUUGAUCGAAUUUAUGCGGAGCUGGAAUUUUAGAAACCCUAGCUAACUCUAUAAAUACCAUUCUUUUCUCAUUUUUAGAGAGGAGGGAUGCCGCUUGGGAGCGCCCUAGGCCCCGUUCUCACUGUAGUUUAAGGUUUUUGGGUUGAUUUUGACCUAAAACUUCAAUUCUUUGUAAGUUUCUUUGAUUUUUAAUGCAUUCUUGUUAUUUAUU